ACGGUUGGCGAGGAGGAGAGUGUUGUAUACGUGCCUUUUCGUGGAAAAUUAUGCUCGUGGCGGAUUGUCGUGCUCCUCGUCGACGUAGUGGCUCGUGUACCGCGAAUGAACGCUCAACACGAGCGUAGUUGUGAGAUUUUUAAUAUCGAUCAAAGAGCUGAAGAAAAUAAAAAAAAGAUUAUCGAGUACACGAUCUGUCUACUAUAUUAUAUAUAUAUAUAUAUAUACACACAUAGAGACAGAAAAAGAACCCGGAGAGAUAUUCAAAUCAUCAUCCAACGAAUAGAAAGAGAGAGGCGUCGCCCAAAGGAUCGCAAACCAUUAGUGUGUUUUUCAUAGAUCCUACGCGCAAAAAUAUUUAUCCCAUACCCUGUUGGACGAAGCUGUUCUACGACUCUCAGCGUCCCACGGAUAAUGGAAUAAAGUGUGUCACAGUGUUCAGUGAUCGCGCGUGAUUUUCUAAUAUUCUCGCGGCUAUCGUGAUUACCUCUUUGCCACCGGAUAUACAUAAAUAUAAAUAAAUAUAUAUAUCAGCAUCAUUUUUUUUCUAAGUGUAUUAUACAGUGUGCUACAGACCAGCAGAAGUGACCGCGCGAAUCAUCCGUGAGUUAGCUUCGUUUCGACUUUAUUUUUUUUUUUUUCAUUUUGCGUGAAGUAUAAGCCGGCCAAAGUUUUCUUCAAAUACAUAUUGAAACAAGGAUUACGUAUAUCAACAUCUUGACGAAAUCGACCAACGAAAGAAGGAAAACAGUGUGUGUUGAAGGGAUACAGUAGCUCGUACCUUCUACGGUACGGUGGCUAUGCAGCCUCGCGAAAUUACGGCGAGGAGGUAACGCCGACGAGCACACCAGAGCACCACGGUCCACACACUUCCGCCGACGACGCAUCGGCGGCGUGUAAACAUCGAACGAAACAACCACCAAACAUGUGGACCACGAUGCUCGUGUGGACGGCCGCCGUCGUGCUUCUGCCAGCACCCCGAGCGGUAAAUGCUUCUGGGGUGUUCGAGUUGAGGCUGAAGUCAUUCGUGAACGAGUAUGGAAAAGACAGUCUUGGCAAGUGCUGUUCAGGCAGCACUUCCAAGACUGGUGAGUGCUCAGGCGUUUGUAAGACCAGGUUCAGGGUCUGCUUGAAACAAUAUCAAGUGAAGAUCGACACGACGACGCCGUGCACAUACGGCGACGUCGUCACACCCGUUCUGGGUGAGAACAUCGUUAAUCUCAGCCCCAAUGUCGCCAUUCCAGGCUUCACUAAUCCCAUCAGAUUUCCAUUCGACUUCACGUGGCCGGGCACAUUCUCGCUGAUAGUGGAGGCUUAUCACGACGCAGACAACACGACACAACACUCGAGCGAGAAAGUGUUGAUAACCAGGCUGACUACGCAAAAGUGGUUGGACGUCGGGCCAAAUUGGACCGAGGACGAGUACAGGAGCGCGCACUCGAAGAUGGUGUACGAGUACAGGGUGACUUGCGUGGCGCAUUAUUACGGGAAGGGUUGCGAGAACCUGUGCAGGCCGAGGGACGACAACUUUGGUCAUUACAGCUGUAGCCCGAGCGGGGAGCGCGUAUGCCUCUCUGGAUGGAAGGGCGACUACUGCAAUACCCCCCGCUGCCUGCCCGGAUGCGACGAGCAGCACGGACACUGCAAUCGACCCGACGAAUGCUUAUGCCACAACGGUUGGAAGGGAGCGUACUGCGACCAGUGCGUGAGAUAUCCAGGCUGCCUUCACGGUAGCUGCCAGAAACCCUGGGAGUGCCUCUGCGACGAAGGCUGGGGCGGACUGUUCUGCAACCAGGACCUCAACUACUGCACGAAUCACAAGCCCUGCUUGAACGGCGGCACCUGCUUUAACACCUUUAACGGCCAGGGUUUGUACACCUGCUCGUGCGCGCCAGGUUUCAACGGCACUAACUGCGAGAAGCCGCUUUUGGAUUGCGACUCGAACCCCUGCCUGAACGGUGGAUCGUGCACCAUGGACCCGCCCUAUGGAAAUUCUAGCCUGAUCAAAACAUCGGAAUCUUCCUCCUCCUCCUCUUCAUCUUCAUCAUCAUCCUCAUCAUCAUCAUCAUCGUCGUCGUCGUCGUCGUCAUCUACUUCGCCGUCGUCGUCGUCGUCCACUAGGCAACAUUAUCGCUGCACCUGUCCACCAGGUUGGCGAGGUAGACACUGCGAGAUCAGCUCGAGAUCCUGUCGAGAUUCUCCCUGCCAUCACGGAGCCAGCUGCGAGGACGACUCCCUUCACGGCUACGUGUGCCGUUGUCCUCCCGGUUACACGGGGAACGACUGCGAAUCCCAGCUCGACCAAUGCUCACCGAAUCCGUGCUCGAACGGCGCCACCUGUACCGACCUGGGAAACAGCUUUCGGUGCUCUUGUCCGCCUGGUUUCACCGGUGAACGCUGCGAGACCAACAUCGACGAUUGCCAAGGCGACCCGUGCCUGAACGGCGGAACCUGCGUCGAUCUAGUCAAUCAGUUCCGUUGCCAGUGCGUGCCCGGAUACGUGGGCCGGUUAUGCCAAGAUAAGGUGGAUUACUGCCUCACGAAACCGUGCGCGAAUGGUGGCCGAUGCAUAUCGGGAACGAACGAUUAUAGGUGCGCGUGCAAGCCUGGAUUCACCGGCAAGGAUUGUAGCGUGGACGUGGACGAGUGUAGAAGCGCGCCCUGCAGAAAUGGCGGCACGUGCCUGAACCGUGUGAACGGGUUCCUUUGCCAGUGCGCGGACGGUUGGCAUGGCGACACUUGCACGGAGGAAAUAGGAAGCGGGACGGUCGCGUUGCCAGCUCCGUCGAACACAGCGGCAGCCGCUAUGCCGGCCGUCCCUCCGUCCGGGGCUAGUUACUGGUCGGGUAAUCUGUCGAGGCACGUGGCGUCCGCGUCCGCGGAGCCCAGGGACGCAGGCCUCACCACCGAGCACGUGGUGGUGAUCGCCACGUUGUCCACGGCCGUGCCAGCGUUCGUCCUGGUCGCGGCCGUCGCCGUGAUGUGCAUGAAGAGGCGGCAGAAGAGGGAACAGGCGAAAGCGGACGAGGAGGCGAGGCUGCAGAACGAGCGGAACGCUGUGCACAGCAGUAUGAGCAAACGAGGCGGUGGAAUGGGCGGUGGUGCGGGGGUCGGGUCGGGCGGAAGUCAAGGAGUUGGCAUCGGUAACGUCGGGCUCCUGGGCGGCGGCGGAAGCGGGAUGAUCAGCGCCGGGGGCGGGGGCAGCGUGUGCACCCUAGGCACCGGGGAUGCCCACAUGAUAAAGAACACAUGGACGGCGAACAAGAGCGUGAACAACGUCGCGUCCGCCAGACAGGACGACCUCGACUCGUCGUUUCAAACGGACGUCACGCUGGAUAGCUCUUGCUCGGGUUACAAGCCAGAACCGGUGCUGCAGGACGGGCGAACGCGGACGACGAAGCAACUGAACACGGAGGCGGCCGCUCACAGGGCGUCCCACCUCUUCCAAAAGGAGAAGGAUUGUCUGGGCCUUGGUCUCGGCAUAGGCGUCGGUGUCGGCGUGAUCGAGAGUGCCAAGAGGUCGUCGGUGUUCGCCGGUAACGCGACGACGGACAGCUGUUGCGCGGCGGAAGCGGCGUUGCUCAAGAGGCCGACCAACAUCACCGAAGGGGGCAGUGGUCCGCCGGGUAGCGGUGGCGGUGGAGGUGCCGAGACCGGGUGCGGGGUAUACGUUAUAGACGAUCAUUAUAGGCACGACACAUCGCUCGCGGCGACGCUCGCGACGGAAGUGUAGUUUUUCUUCCCCUUUACUCCCCCGUGUCCAACUUUGUUGUUCUACGAUAAAUAGUAUAGAGAUGAGAGCCAGUCGACCGAUUAACGUGGACUCUAUGUGUAUAUAUAUAUAUAUGUGUGUAUAUAUACAUAUGUAUAUACAUAUAUACAUAUAUUCGUAAAACGAACAUUUAUCUUCCUCCGUAAAUGACCGAAAAUGCUGUGCGUGCCCCCGCGUGCGACUCACACGCGACCAAGAAGAAGAAGAACUCUUGUUUUUUCUCUCUGCGCGUUACGAUACGUUUGUUUCGUCGUCGCAGCGCACCGUCCUCGACGCGCGUAACUACCAACCGGCGCGACAGAGAAACACACGCGUUACGAAUCCCUUUGUGCAUAUACGCGCACGUACGUACACGAAUACUACAAUAGUCAUCUACGUGUGGUGCGCGCCGCGCUCGGCUCUCCGUUAUGGGCCAGCGGGUGAACGGGCGUGCGUUUCUUUGCGAUUCCUUUGUUUCUCUCCCUCCCGUUGCGCAGGACGUCGCGCGUGAGAACGUUCCACCGGACUUUGCCACUACGGUGACGACACACAACACGGUGGUAGCGCGGGAUGCGUUGCUUGCUGCCGUUGUUGCUGUUCCUUGUUGCUGUUCGUAUUGCUGAAGCAAGAAGUUGGUGGCUCGCGCGUGCACGUUCUAUUGGACGAUCGCGCGGGACGAUCCUCCGUUGAGGUUGAUGUUGACAAGAAGACAACGGGGAGUGGAGAGGUCCCGAGACUCCUUCCUUGAAAAAAAAAAAAAAAAAGAAAGAAAGAAAGAAAAGAAAAGAAACGGAAGAUGAUGAAGAUGACGAUGAAGACGAAGAAGAAGAGACUUCAGCGAGGAGUUCGACAGCAGGGGAGCAAAAUGAAAUAUACAUAUAUAUAUGCACACGCAUAAAAAAAUAUAUAUAUAUAUGUAUAUAAUAUGAAAUGCUGUGGAGGCGGACGAUCGCGAAUAUCAUCGUCUGACCCGUUCUUAGGUAUUACAAUAUUAUAUAUCAUGUUCGAAGCGAAACUUUGUACAGAACUAAUUUAUUAUUAUUGUUAUUUACUAUUAUUACUAUUUGCUAUUAUUAUUAUUAUUAUUAUUAUUAUUAUUAUUAUUAUUAUUAUUAUUAAUAUUAUUAUUCUAAUUAUUAUUAUUAUUAUUAAUAUUAUUCUAUCGUAUCCCAUUAUCAUUGUUCCGAUAGUUCUCCAUUGUAUCUCUAUUUUUCUCUCUUUCUCUCUUUCUCUCUCUUCUCUUCUCUGUUCUUUUUUUUGAAUCGCGUGACUGAAGAUUUUUUUUUUUUUUUUUUCUUUUUUUUUUCUUCUUUCCCCUACUCUCUUUUCUUUAUGGCUAACGAGAGACGCGUUCACGAGGAUACUUACUUUUGCGUGUACACAACUACAUGUGUAUGUAUGCGAUUCUAUGUGUACGUAUGGAUGUGUGUAUUGUGUGUAUUCGCAACCGAUAGCGAUAUAGCGUGCAUGCAUCGAGAGUAUGUCUGUUUUUCGGUACGUGUGUGUAUGUGUAUUCCUCCCCCCCCCAUAUAUGUAAUAUGUAUAUAAUAUGUAAAUGUACAUGUAUAUGUAUGUGCGUCCAUCUGUUCGCUUGCGAGCAAGUCCUCAGUGAGAGAGUACGAAGCAGAGUAACGACCAGAGAGAGGAGAGCGUUUGUAUGUACCGUGCGUAUAUAGUUACGAGCGAGAAAGUUUACGACGAAUUAGAAUUCAAACGAUGUCGCCCCUUCGUGAGAUUUUUUUAUUUUUUAUUUUCCCUCGGAUUUUUUUUUCCUUUUUUAGCCUUUCGGAUAGCGCUAUUUUUUUCGACGAUCAAUCGGAUAUUAAUACCUUAUUUUUUUUUCUUUUUUUUUUU